AUGCCAAGAAAAAUCAUCGUCUGCUAUGACCAUUCUCCUUCAUCACGAUUUGCUAUCCAGUGGGCCGUGUCGAAAAACGUCUUUCUACCCGAUGACUCCGUGACUCUUGCUACCGCUCUGGAUGAAGACGUUGCCGCUAUUGAGGGUGGAGCGCUAGCUGUUCCCAAUGUGGUCGGUGGGGCAGGCGAUUUUUUCAUUACCGAUUAUACACAGCGAGUGGAGAAGAUGGAAAAAGAUGCUGAGCAUGAGCUUAAAGAAGCUGUGGAAAAAAUCAGGCAACAUGUGGGUCAAGUUCAUGCUGUGCUCCUACGUGGAGACGCAAAAUCAUCGUUGGUUGAUUAUGCCAAUACAAACCAAGCGGACUUGGUGAUUGUUGGUCAGCGCGGUCUCGGAUGGGUCAAAAGACGCCUUCUUGGAUCUGUGUCAGAUCAUCUCUCACACCAACUCAAGAUGCCUAUCCUUAUCGUGCGGGAUAGCAAUUAA